GCAGAUAGAGGGAGCAGUAGCACUGGGGCAGUGAGUAGGAGACGCUCGCCGCCGUGAAAGGCCACGCCCCGCCGUCAUCGGACAGGUCAGGGAGCUUCUUGAUUAGGCGAUGCUAUGGAGGUGGGACUUCUAGAGGGAUUCAACGUAGGAAGAGGAAACAUUGAAAGAAGGGUUUCUAAUUUCCUUUUUGCUGAUGAUGCUAUUUUAUCUUGCAUAGAAAAUUUUGAAAGAGUUCCAAACCUAAGCUGUCAACUGUAAUCUGGUGUUAGUUACAUGUGGAAAAAAGUAGUAAUUUUAGCAACUUUUUUAUUGUUUAACUAUCAUUACUUUUCAAUUUAACCAUUAAAAGUACCUAUUAUUUAUAGCAUAUUUUCCAUUUAGUGCAUCACUUACUGAAUAUGUCAGUGUUAUUAUUGACUGACUUGAGUUUUCUGUAUAAUUUUCAAAUGAGUUGUGAGUCCUGCAAGACAGGUAGGGCCUCCAUACAAAUUAAGCACUCUAGUUUUCAGCUUAAAUGUUAUGAGCAGAGAGGGGAUCAACAGUCAAGGGAGACUACACAUGCAUGUUUUAUUUACAAGUUAUAUGGACUCCAGCUCUGAAGAGGUGUCAGACAUAAGUGAGUCAGAGAUUGAUGAUUAUGUAACAAAGCCAUAUGAACAAUUGCGUGUUGGAGCUUUGAAAGUGAGAUAUCCUAAUGGCUCCUUAAGAUGCCCAUUUUGUGCGGGGAAGAAGAAACAAGAUUAUAAAUAUAAGGACCUUCUUCAACAUGCCACAGGUGUUGGUAAAGGGUCUGCUAACAGAAGUGCAAAACAGAAGGUAAAUCACCUUGCUUUGGCAAAAUACCUGGAAACUGACCUAGCUGAUGAGUCGGACCAAACACCUCGCCCUAUUGAACCAGCACCCAUCUCUCAAACUCCAGAGCAGAAUGAUCUAUAUGUCUGGCCAUGGACUGGAAUUGUUCUUAACAUAGUGGAAGAAAAAGAUGGAACAACUGUCAUUGAUAGUGAAUAUUGGUUGAAAACAUUCUCUAAAUUUAAACCUCUUGAAGUUCAUACCUUUUGGAAUGACCGUGUACAUACCAGAGAAGCUGUGGUGAAGUUCUGCAAUGAUUGGACUGGUUUUUUAAAUGCAAUAGAGUUUGAGAGAUCUUUUGAAGCUAUUCAUCAUAGUAAAAAGGAAUGGGAUGCACGAAAAAAACAGCUUGGUUCUAAUAUCUAUGGGUGGGUUGCUCGAGAAGAUGAUUAUAAUUCAGAAGGGCCAGUAGGAGACUAUCUUCGUAGUAGUGGACAGAUAAAAACUGUUGCUGAUAUUGUCCACGAAGCAAAACAAGACAAAAAUAAUGUUGUGGCUAACCUAGCUAGUGUGCUUGAUAGCACAAAUGAGAAUUUGGACGAGCUGAAGAUAAAAUACAAUGAGAAGAGCAUGUCCUUAAGUAGAAUGCUUGAAGAGAAAGACAGGCUACACCAAGCUUUUUAUGAAGAAAGAAGGAAAAUGCAGCGGAUGGCACGCGAUCACAUUAAAAUGGUUUUAGAAGAACAGGAAAGGAUGAAUUAUGACCUUGAGAAUAAGAGAAAAGAACUUGAUUCCAGGAGUAAAGAAUUGAACAGGCGCGAAGCACUAACUGAACGUGAGAGACAAAGACUUGAUGAGGAGAAGAAGAAGAAUGAUGUGAGAAACAAUUCCCUUCAACUGGCUUCAUGGGAGCAGAAAAAGUCUGAUGAAAAGGUCUUAAGGCUGGUUGAAGAGCAAAAGAAGGAGAGAGAGGAGGCAUUAAAUAAGAUACUUCAAUUAGAAAAGCAGCUGGAUGCUAAACAGAUGUUGGAGAUGGAGAUUGAAGAGUUGAAAGGGAAAUUACAGGUAAUGAAGCAUAUGGGGGAUGAUGAUGAUGCAGGAAUUAAGAAAAAGAUGGAGGAGAUGACUAAAGAAUUGGAAGAGAAAAUUGGGGAAAUGGAUGACCUGGAGUCUCUAAAUCAGGCCCUUAUAACCAAAGAGCGUCAGAGCAAUGAUGAGCUACAGGAAGCUCGAAAAGAAUUAAUUGAGGGCUUGACUGAUAUUUUGAGUGUUCGCGCCAACGUUGGGAUAAAAAGAAUGGGUGAAAUUGACGAAAAACCAUUUGCCAAGACCUGCAAGCAGAGAUUCCCAGCUGAAGAAGCACUAGUGCAGGCCUCAACACUAUGCUCAUUAUGGCAAGAGAAUUUAAGGGACCCAGAAUGGUAUCCUUUCAGAGUUAUCGAUUUGGAUGGCAAUCCCCAAGAAAUUCUCAAUGAAGAAGAUGAUAAGCUGAAAAAUCUUAACCAGGAAUGGGGUGAUGAAAUAUAUGAUGCUGUUACUACAGCCUUGAAAGAGAUGAAUGAGUAUAAUCCAAGUGGAAGGUAUGUGGUUUCUGAGCUCUGGAACUAUAAAGAAGGGAGAAAGGCCACAUUAAAGGAGGUUAUUGCUUUCAUCUUGAAGAAUAUAAAGGCAAAUAAACGCAAAAGAACUUGAGUGCAGGGCAGCAAGACAUGACAUUUAAACUCAGAUCACAUGGGGGGCACAGAACUGUUAACUAUGAAAAAGAAGUUAUAAGACCAAAUUUCUUUGGAGCAGUUUAUUGAGCAACCAUCUGGGGGAUUGUAGGCUUUUGCUGCCCAGAAGAAGGAACAUGCUUCCAUUGAAUUCAAUGUUUCUUGCUUUGAGGGGAUGUCCUCUCAGUGAAUCUGAUGUUUAGCAAGCAGGCUAACGAAGUGGAUUUAAUGUUCUCUUGUGAAACUUCGUGCGACAUUGUUACUGUUGUACUAUAAUAGAAGUGGUUGCGGCAUGCCCUUUAUUGCUAUUUCAGCGCCUUUUUAUUGCCUUCCAUUUGUCUAGUUCAACUGCCCAUCUUGUAAACUGAACUCUUGAAUUUUUUUUUUUCUUGUUUCCCUCCAAAGUAUGGCUGCAUUUGUAUUGUGUUGA